AUGUCUAAAGAAGAUGAGGGCAAUACUGGAGACGCGGUGCCAAGCAAGCAGGACUCCUGGGACACCCAGAGCCAGGACAGCAUCGUCCUUGUCCAGAUGGCCAACCUCUCCAUGGACAUGUUCACACCUGGAGACUUCAAAGGGAAGUUCCGGAAGAUCCAGCCUAAGAAACGACCCACUAUCAUCAGGGAAAGUACGCCAGCGUCCCCCUUAGGAAAGCCCCCUCUCCCCCCAGUGAACAUUGGUCAGGGCGAGAGGAAAGGUCCGGUCGCCAUCAUGCCGGUCACUGUGGACCCCGAAAGCAAACCGGGCGAGUACGUCCUCAAAAGCCUUUUUGCCAACUUCACCACGCUGUCUGAACGCAAGAUACGCAUCAUCAUGGCGGAGCCACUGGAAAAGCCACUCACUAAAUCUCUACAGAGGGGGGAGGACCAUCAGUUUGAUCAGCUGAUCAGUACUAUGAGUUCCUUGGCUGAAUACUGCCUGCCCUCCAUCCUGCGGACACUCUUUGACUGGUACAAGCGGCAAAACGGCCUGGAGGACGAGUCUCACGAGUACCGGCCUCGAGCCAACACAAAGUCCAAAAAUGAUGAACAACAGAAGGAUUAUCUCAUGGAGAGGAGGGAUUUAGCCAUAGACUUCAUAUUUUCUCUGGUACUCAUCGAGGUUUUAAAACAGAUCCCUCUUCACCCUCUUCUGGAUGGCCUCAUUCAGGAAGUCAUCAAUCUGGCCUUUAAGCACUUCAAAUACAAAGAAGGGUAUCUGGGACCCAACACAGCCAACAUGCACAUUGUGGCUGACCUUUAUGCUGAGGUGGUUGGAGUAGUGGCUCAGUCCAGGUUUCCAGCAGUGAGAAAGAAGUUUAUUUCAGAGCUAAAGGAGCUCAGGCAGAAGGAGCAGAGCCCUUAUGUGGUCCAAAGCAUUAUAAGCCUGAUCAUGGGGGUCAAGUUCUUCCGCAUUAAAAUGUACCCUGUGGAAGACUUUGAGGCUUCCUUCCAGUUCAUGCAGGAAUGUGCCCAGUACUUCUUAGAGGUGAAGGAUAAAGACAUUAAGCACUCUCUGGCUGGGCUCUUUGUGGAGAUAUUGGUUCCAGUGGCAGCAACUGUGAAGAAUGAGGUUAAUGUUCCGUGUCUGAGGAACUUUGUGGAAAGUCUAUAUGACACCACCUUGGACCUGUCUUCCAGGAAGAAGCAUUCUCUGGCUUUGUAUCCAUUGGUAACUUGUCUGCUGUGCGUCAGUCAGAAGCAGAUCUUCCUCAACAGAUGGCACGUCUUCCUCAACAACUGCUUGUCCAAUCUCAAGAACAAGGACCACAAAAUGGCCCGAGUGGCACUGGAGUCAUUGUAUCGGCUGCUAUGGGUUUACAUGAUCCGGAUCAAGUGUGAGAGCAACACAUCAACGCAGAGCCGCCUGACCUCCAUCAUUUCCACCCUGUUCCCUAAAGGAUCCAGAAGUGUCGUCCCUCGAGACAUGCCUCUAAAUAUCUUUGUGAAGAUAAUCCAGUUUAUUGCACAGGAAAGACUAGAUUUCGCUAUGAAGGAGAUCAUCUGUGACCUGCUCAGUGUUGGAAAAUCAGCUAAAGCGUUCAGUCUUAAUCCAGAGAGAAUGAACAUUGCGCUGAGGGCGUUCCUGGUCAUAGCGGAUAACCUGCAGCAGAAGGACGGAGAGCCACCCAUGCCUAACACAGGAGCCACUCUGCCCUCUGGAAGCACCCUGAAAAAGAAGAAGACAUACCUGAGCAAAACUCUGACGGAAGAGGAGGCCAAACUCAUUGGUAUGGCACUGUACUACUCCCAGGUGAGGAAGGCCAUCGAUAACAUCCUGAGGCACCUGGAUAAGGAGGUGGGCCGCUGCAUGAUGCUCACGAAUGUGCAGAUGCUCAACAAAGAACCGGAGGACAUGAUCACUGGUGAGAGGAAGCCGAAGAUCGACCUCUUUAGGACGUGUGUGGCGGCCAUUCCCCGCAUCCUCCCAGAUGGCAUGUCCAAGCCUGAACUCAUUGACCUGCUGGCCAGGCUGACGGUCCACAUGGACAUCGAGCUCCGUCUAAUUGCCCAGAAUUCCCUGCAGAGUCUUUUGCUGGACUUCUCCGACUGGCGGGAGGAUGUUCUGUUUGGAUACACCAACUUCCUGUUGCGGGAGGUGCAGGACACACAGCAGGGCCUGCAGGACACAUCAGUCAAACUGCUGCUGCAGUUGCUCACGCAGUGGAGGCUGGCCCUGCAGGCACCAGGCAAACGUUCGGCAGAGCUGAGCUCCAGGCUGCCUGUGGAGCGCAGCCCUCACUCCACAGUCCUGCAUGCCGUUGAAGGGCUUGCCCUGCUGCUGCUUUGCUCCUGCCAGACCAGCACGCGCAAACUUGCCGUGGCUGUGCUUCGUGAGAUCCGGUGUCUCUUCACCGCCAUUGGCCAGGCCGAGGAUGACGAUAAACCCAUGAUCGAGGUGAUGGACCAGCUCAGCCCCAUAGUUCUGGAUAGCUUUGUUCACGUGGCUGUGUCUGACUCGGCCACAUUGCCCCUGAGCCACCAUGUGGACCUGCAGUGGCUGGUGGAGUGGAACGCACGUCUGGUCAACAGCCACUACGAUGUUAAGAGCCCCUCUCAUGUGUGGAUCUUUGCCCAGUCUGUGAAGGAUCCCUGGGUGCUGUGCCUCUAUAGCUUCCUCCGACAGGAGCACCUCCCUAAACACUGUCCUAUGGCUCUGAGCUACGCCUGGCCUUACGCAUUCACACGCCUGCAGCUGCUCAUGCCUCUGGUGGACCCUAACAGUCCAGUGUAUGCCAAAAAGACGAGCACGCCGGGGCCGGCAGACGGUUAUGUGACCCUGUGGCGAAACUACCUGAUUCUGUGUCUGGGUGUAGCCAAGCCUAGCAUCAUGAGCCCGGGCCACCUUAGGGCCUCAACCCCUGAGAUCAUGGCUACCACGCCCGACGGCAGUAUCACCUAUGACAACAAGGUAAUUGGAACCCCCUCAGUAGCCUGGCUCCUGAAGCAGCUGGUUCCUCUGAUGCGGCUUGAAAGCAUUGAGAUGACCGAGUCUCUUGUCCUGGGCUUUGGCCGAACCAACUCCCUUGUCUUCAGGGAGCUAGUAGAGGAGCUUCAUCCACUCAUGAAAGAAGCUUUAGAGCGAAGACCAGAGAAUAAGAAACGUAGAGAGAGGAGGGAUCUGCUGAGGCUGCAGUUGCUGCGUAUCUUUGAGCUGCUGGCUGACUCAGGGGUCAUCAGUGACAGCACUAAUGGGGCGUUAGAGAGAGAUUCUUUGGCUCUUGGAGCUCUCUUUCUGGAGUACGUGGACCUGACGCGCAUGCUGCUGGAGGCUGAGAAUGAUAAAGAGCUGGAGAUUUUGAAGGACAUCCGAGCCCAUUUCAGUGGCAUGGUGGCCAACCUCAUCCAGUGUGUCCCAGUGCACCACAGGAGAUUCCUCUUCCCUCAGCAAAGUCUGCGCCAUCACCUCUUCAUCCUCUUCAGCCAGUGGGCUGGCCCCUUCAGUGUCAUGUUUACGCCUCUGGACCGCUACAGUGACCGCAACCACCAGAUUACACGCUACCAGUAUUGUGCUUUAAAGGCUAUGUCAGCAGUGUUGUGUUGCGGGCCUGUCUUUGACAAUGUGGGUCUCUCUACUGAUGGCUAUCUCUACAAAUGGCUGGACAAUAUCCUUGGAUGCCACGAUUUGCGAGUGCAUCGGCUGGGCUGUGAGGUGGUAAUCCUGCUGCUUGAACUGAACCCAGAACAAGUGAAUCUAUUUAACUGGGCAGUGGAUCGCUGCUUCACCGGUUCCUACCAGCUGGCCUCAGGCUGCUUCAAAGCCAUUGCUACAGUGUGUGGGAGCAGAAACUAUCCAUGUGACAUUGUGACCCUGCUGAACCUGGUGCUCUUUAAAUCAUCUGACACCAGCAGAGAGAUCUAUGAGAUCUCUAUGCAGCUCAUGCAGGUUCUGGAAGCAAAACUAUCAGUGUACUCUAAAAGGAUUGUGGGGCAGAAGUCGGGAAAUAUCCUGUACGGCACUCAUGGUCCACUGCCUCCCCUCUACAGUGUCUCCCUCUCACAGCUCUCCAACCAGCUUGCCUGCAUGUACCCAGAGCUCACCCUACCCCUCUUCUCAGAGGUCAGCCAAAGGUUCCCCACCACCCACCCCAAUGGCAGGCAGAUCAUGCUGACCUACCUCCUGCCGUGGCUGAACAACAUCGAGCUGGUGGACACAGGACUGUUACCCCCAGCUUCCAGCCCCUGUACCCCUGAGGAGGAGACCCGAGAACAGACAGACGGCAUGGGCCUGCCCAACCGGCUCAAGGGCAACGGCUGGGGCUCCCUGCAGGCCACCUCUCUGGUUCUGAACAAUCUGAUGUACAUGACCGCCAAGUAUGGUGAUGAGCUUCCGGGCCCAGAGAUGGAGAAUGCUUGGAAUGCUCUUGUGACCAACGACAAAUGGAGCAACAAUCUGCGAAUCACACUGCAGUUCCUCAUCAGUCUGUGUGGGGUCAGCAGUGACACCACACUACUGCCUUAUAUUAAGAAGGUGGUAAUCUACCUGUGUCGGAACAACACGAUUCAGACCAUGGAGGAGCUGCUGUUCGAACUGCAGCAGACUGACCCAGUCAACCCUGUAGUGCUGCACUGUGACAACCCGCCAUUCUACCGCUUUGCUGCCAGCAGCAAGAUCUCAGCUGUGGCCUCAGGCACAACGUCCAGCAGCAACACUGUAGUGGCGGGCCAAGAGAACUUCCAGGAGACGGAUGAGGCAAAGAUAGUCAGAGAGAACGAAGAAAGGUUAAGUAAUGCUGCUCGAGCUCAUAACCGGUUAGAGUCACGUUACAGCAACAGCUCUGGAGGCUCUUACGAUGAGGAGAAAAAUGACCCUCUCCCACCGUACGCUGGCUGGCUGCUCAAUGUGUUGGAGAGUAAUCGACCCCAGCCUUUGCCCAUGCCAGUUAACGGAGGCUGCUGGGCUCCACUAGUGGACUACCUGCCUGAGACCAUCACACCACGAGGGCCCCUCCACAGGUGUAACAUUGCAGUGAUCUUCAUGACGGAGAUGGUGGUGGACCACAGUGUGCGAGAGGACUGGGCCCUGCAUCUGCCUCUUCUGCUGCAUGCCCUUUUCCUCGGUCUGGACCACUACCGGCCAGAGGUGUUUGAGCACAGCAAGCGGCUGCUCCUGCACCUGCUCAUCGCCCUGUCCUGCAACAACAACUUCCAGGUCAUUGCAUCUGUGCUGCUGCUCACCAGAGAGAUCAGCGACAACAAGACUCUUACUGUCAAGUCCAGCUUCCAGCCUGAGUACUUGCACACAGGUGGGCUGGAUUUCCUUCGGGAGUGGCAGGCAUCUCCUGUGGCAGACUCAGGCCUUAGCUCCUCCUCCACCUCCUCCAGUGUGAGUCUGGGCGGCAGCGUGGGAAACCUCCCUCAGAUCACCGCAGAUCUGGAGGACCUGGAGGAGUCUUCCAAUGAGUCUGAGGAGAAGACCAACAAACUCAUUGAGUUCCUCACCACCAGGGCCUUUGGACCACUGUGGUGCCACGAGGACAUCACGCCGAAAAAUCCCAACUCCAAGAGUGCCGAUCAGCUCACCAACUUUCUGCGCCAUGUGGUGUCUGUAUUCAAAGAGUCCAAGUCAGACUUCCACCUGGAGCAGCAGUUAAGUGAUGUGGCUCUUCAGACAGCUCUGUGCAGCUCAUCCCGACAUUACGCAGGACGCUCCUUCCAGAUCUUCAGAGCCCUCAGGCAGCCACUUUCUGCUCACGCCGUCUCUGACCUGCUCUCACGGCUGGUGGAGGUGGUGGGAGAGCACGGCGAUGAGGUGCAGGGUUAUGUGAUGGAGGUGUUGCUCACUCUGGAGUCAGUGGUGGAUAAUUUGGCUGAAUGCCUCAAAAACAGUGACCUGAUGGCAGCAUUGACUCGAGCCUCGUCUCCAGACUUCCUGGUCAGCGGCAAACUGAAUUCCAACCACAAGAGCACAGGCCAGCUCAACCUUCUCCAGGAGGGCGGCACUGCAGAGCGCAGCCGGCACCAGCGAAGCUACUCCGUCCCCAAGAAGUUUGGUGAGAGCGGGGAGCGCUCGUCCUCAGACCCCCCACGCAGCGCCACUCUGGACCGCAUCCAGGCCUGCACCCAACAGGCUCUCGCUCGCUCAGCCCACAGCGCUUCGUCCUCUUCCUCCACUCGUGCCGACAGCAGCGCCGUCACAGAUCCAUCCCAUGCCAGCCACCCCUCCAACCUGCUGGCCACCAUCUUCUGGGUGGCCGUUUCACUCAUGGAGUCAGAUUUUGAGUUUGAGUAUCAGAUGUCCCUGAGGCUGGUGCACAAGCUGCUGGCAAGGGUUCCUCUGGAGAUGCCGGAGAACCGCGAGCGCCUAGAGAAACUCCAGGCUCAGCUGAAGUGGAGUGGCUUUGCUGGCCUGCAGCAGCUGAUGCUCAAGGGCUUCACUUCGCCAGCCACUAGUGACCUCACUCUGCAGCUCUUCUGCCAGCUCACGCCUGUGUCCAGAGUGCCGGUGGUAGACACGUCUCAAGCUAUAGGCUUCCCUCUGAAUGUGCUGUGUCUGCUUCCUCAUCUGGUGCAGCACUUUGACUCCCCAACUCAGUUCUGCAAGGAGAGUGCAGAACGGAUAGCACAGGUGUGUCUGGAGGAGAAGGAGAAGAACACAAAGCUUUCUCAUCUAGCUCACGUAAUGACUCUCUAUAAAACCCGCUCCUACACUAGAGACCCCUUCUCCUGGGUCAGCGUGGUCUGCCGCUACCUGCACGAGGCCUUCUCUGACAUCACACUCAACAUGGUCACUUACAUGGCUGAACUAUUGGAUAAGGGCUUACCCAGCAUGCAACAGCCUUUGCUGCAGAUCAUCUACAGUCUGCUGAGUCACAUGGACCUGGCAGGCAUUCAGGUCAAACCCUUCAACGUGGAGGUGCUCAAAACCAUUGAGAAGUUUGUACAGACUGUCCACUGGAAGGAGGCUCUGAAUGUGCUGAAGCUGGUCGUGUCCCGUUCAGCCAGUCUGUCCCUGCCUUCCUAUGCUCAUGGGGACCUGGCCAAUCUGGAAGUCAGCCGCAUGAUGUGGGAUGGCUCAUCUAAAGCCCUGCCUGGCAAAACACUGGACUUCCACUUUGACAUUUCAGAGACGCCAGUGAUUGGACGUAGGUAUGAUGAGCUACAGGGCUCAGCAGGCAGAGACGGGAAGGCACGGGCCAUUGCAGUGACGCGCAGCGCUUCCUCCACUUCAUCUGGCUCUAGCUCCAACCCUGUUCUGGUACCUGUCAGCUGGAAGAGGCCUCAGUCAUCACAGAAGCGAACGCGAGAAAAGCUGGUGAAUGUUUUGUCUCUGUUUGGCCAGGAAGUCGGCCUCACCAAAAAUCCAUCUGUGAUCUUCUCAUCCUGUGGUGACCUGGAGCUGAUGGAACGGCAGCCCAGCCAGGUGUCAUCGGAGGAUGGCACACGUGAAGACACACUGGAUGACACUGCUUCAGAGCAGCAGUUCCGCGUCUUCAGAGACUUCGACUUCCUAGACGUGGAGCUUGAGGAUGGAGAGGGUGAGAACCUGGAUAGUUUUAAUUGGGGAGUGCGGCGGCGCUCCCUGGACAGCACGGACCUGACGGAGCUGCUGGAGGAGAGCCAGCACUCAGACAGCACGCCCAGCCUUGGUCCCCACGACCCACAGCACGACUCGGACGACUCAUCCGAGGAGGAGUCCAACUCCACCAGCCAAAGUCUUUCCCACUCACAACUUACCAUGAACUUGUCGCCAUCAGAGGACACCAAUCACACCGACUCUCUGUCCACAUCUUAUGACACCACAUCCGCUGACCCAAACUCUCUGAACGCAACCACUCCCUGCCUGGGGACGUCCCUGCCAGAUGACACUGUCAUUCCACCUCCAUUGCCAGAAGAUGAGGACAGUAAUGUGCAGGAGGACGACUUGUCAUUCUGUGUCAGUGAGUUGCCUCCAGGGUUUGACUGUGGUUCCAGCUUCACUCUGAACCUUCCACCAGAGCCUGAGCGAUCAGAAAUGGACCUGGACCCAAACUGUCUCCCUGGCUACACUUUUGGGGAGGACAGAGAUGAUUUGGACGAGCUAGGCUUUCCUCCACCCCCCUCUCCGUUCUUCUCUGCCAUCUUGGCUGCCUUCCAGCCAACGGUGUGUGACGAUGCUGAGGAGGCGUGGCGCAUGCACAUCAACCAGCUGGUGUGUGACACGGACGGGUCGUGUGCUGUUUACACCUUCCGCAUCUUCUACUCCCUGUUCCAGAACAUCCAGAAUAAGUUUUGUUCCCUGACCACUGAUGCUGCUGGUUACCUUGGAGACAGCCUGAGGGGAAUCGGUGCAAAGUUUGUGAGGUCGUCUCAAAUGCUGAAGACGUGUUCAGACUGCCCCACGCUGUUUGUGGAUGCUGAUACGAUCAUGUCCUAUGGGCUGUUGGAGAUGAUGAAGUUCAGUGUAUUGGAGUUGCAGGAGUAUCUGGACACAUACAACAACAGAGAGGAAGCAGCCGUCUCAUGGUUGCAGAACUGUAAGGCCACAUUCCCCAGAUGCCCCGAUGAUGGGGUGAUCACCUGUCAGCCUGGAGACACGGAGGAGAAGCAAAUGGAAACACUGGCUCAACUGGAGCUGUGUCAGCGUAUGUACAAACUGCACUUCCAGCUCCUGCUGCUUUUUCAGUGCUACUGUAAACUGAUCACGAAAGUCGGCAGCAUCAGCUCAGUGCCAGAGUUGUUGAACAUGUCACGUGAGCUGGGAGAGCUGAAGGUCAGCCUGAAGUUGGCAGCAACUGGAGCAGCCGGUGACCAGGAUCUGCAGAAGCGGCCUGGCACCCAGCCUAGCUUCUCCACCUCAGAGGCAGCAGUGCAGGCAGUCCUGGAGUGUCUGAGGAACAAUCAAUAUGCCACAGCGAUCCGCCACAUCCGGCAGUGCAGACGGCUGUGGCCAAAUGACAUCUUCGGUGGGAAUUCAGAGGACGAGGUGCAGACACUACUGAACAUUUACUUCAGACACCAGUCUCUGGGCCAGACCAGCACGUUUGCCCUGGUGGGCUCCAGCCAGGAUCCCUCGCAGAUCUGCACCAAGCUUAUGGAGCUCAACGGAGAGAUCCGGGACAUGAUCCGCCGCGCCCAGGGGUACCGGGUGGUCUCAUCCGGCCUCCCGGACUCCAGCGCGUCCGCUGUAAGUCUCUGACAGGAGGCCUGCAGCCCCCCGGACCAGCCCUGGCCUGGACCCCCCGACCACUGGAUUCCCCCUUAGACACCCAGCCUCUCCUGUUCCAGCCCCGGCCCCGUGUUCCCUCCCUGCUUCCCCCUGCUCCAGGCCAUAACCAGUGCGCUGUCUGGGAGUGCUGCUGCCCUGUAAAGGCUCUAUCCCACAAACUUACGCCCUACUUAGAGAAACUCGGAGUGUCCUUGACUUUGUUGAACAGGAAGGGGCACCUGAGAGUGAGCAUGUCUUCAGGUUCUCAGAUGUGCAGCAAUACUGGAGAAACGGAACUGCUACUGUGCGACACUUCGGAUUAAGUCACUCAGUCACGUUUUUUUAAAACUGUAUAAUUGCACUACGUUGAGUUUUCUAGAUCAAACAUCACAAAGGAAGAGGAAGUCCUGUUUGCUACUGAGAAUAAUGCUGCAUUUUUUUUGGAAAGGAAACGCCAAAGCUCGUAGGAACUUCUGCUCUGUAUAUUGUCGACUGGGAAACGUGCAAUGAAGGAUCAUUGAACUGGACGCCUUUCUGCUGUACUGCUCAAGAACGUUCUGAACGAACUGAUGAACAUCUGUGACUAAGAGACGCUGCGGAGGUCACUGCUUUUUGUAACUGUCCUUUGGUUGAAAAGCUAAAAGCCUGUGCGCUUAUGAGCCCAUUCGUCACUGGUCCAGUACCCAACACUGAACUGAAACAUAUCAGAAUGUGCACCGACAUGCACACACACACAUAGACUCAUGCUGACGUUUAGCUGCCAUAUAGUCAACACGAAACUAAUAAGCUGAGCUGGUAAAUGUCAAUGUACUCGAGUGUUGAUCGAUGUCAGUGAGACCAUUAGGCCCUUUACUUUUUGAGAUGUUUCGCUUUCUACUGUAUACCGACUUGCCUCUACAUCAUUUGUAUUGUCAAGAUGCACCAACAUGCGUUGAGUAUAGUUUUUAUUUGAGAAACUGUUCUACGUGUCGGUCAAAACUGCCAAGCAUGCAUUGUUGUAUUUACGGUUAAUUAUUAGAACUAUUUAUUAACAAAGGAAUUUAAGACAAAAACGCGUUUGUAUAAAGUUCGAAAGGGAGCUCCUCUCAUGCGGGUCAGUCGUUUUGUCUUCAGAAACGUGUGCAUGCCAGGAGAGAUUGCACAGUUUUCCUUAGGGAAAAGUCUUAGUGUAGAGUUUUUCACUUUGUAAAUACUUUUACGGCUUUUGUGAAGUGAUUUUGUUUGGUGCUCCGUCAAGUGUCAUGUCAGAAUAAAGACUUAUCGGGCGAA